CCAUGCCGUUCAGCAUCCGGCGGCUGACGCUGCAGCGUAGCCUGUCGGGCGGCGAGCGGCCCAAGAGCGAACCACCGGGGGGACGGGCGGCCAUCAAGAAGUCCGCCUCGCAGGAAGAGGCCCGCGCAGCCAGGGCACUCCCUUCGUCGCGUUCCGUCGACCAGGGGGACCUCAGGCGGCUGCAGGCGCUCGGCCAGGUGCCUUCCCCGGCACAGGGAUCGCCGCUGCAACACCACGAGACGGCUCAGCCGCAGCAGCAGCCUCCCGAGCCGCCUGCCCGCAAUUGGUCCCCGCAGCUGACAUCCGGUGGCGGCGGCGGUGGUGGCCGCUACCCGACGCGGGCAGUGAGUGUCGACCGUGCCACCUCGUCGUCGUCGUCAUCGCUACUGUCGCGGUGGCGGCAGGUGGGCCGAUCCAAGAGCGCCAGCAUCUCCGAGCCACGCGAGUACCCCCUAGACGACGGCAACGCCAAGCCCACGCCGCCGCCACGACCGCCCCGGUCGGCCGCAUCCAGGCUGUCCGCAGCAGCGGGCGGCAAAGGUCCGGCCGACUGGUCCGGCGGCGGUGGCGGUGGCGGCGUGGUCGCCGGCCACACAGUGCGCAGGCCCGUGCCCAGGAGGCAACACUCGCUGCCGGAGACGCAGGAGCAGCAGCUGCAACGCUCCAUCUUGGAGCUACAGAGCCACCUGGGCGCGCCCGUGGGUGGCGGCGGCGGCGGGCGCAUGGUAGGCCCACCGAUGUACCAGCCACCGGCGAGCGUGUACGACGAGGACCCGGGCAUCAUGUCCGAGGUGGAGACCUCGGCCACGGGCCUGCGCCGGGCCACCAAGGCCCGCGCCAGCCUGCCCGUCGUCCGUACGCCGUCCAAGACACAGGAGCGGCCACUCGGCCUGGUUUUCCUUCAGUACCGGAGCGAGACGAAGCGGGCCUUGCUGCCGAACGAGAUCACGUCGAUCGACACGGUGAAGGCGCUGUUCGUGCGUUCCUUCCCCAAGCAGCUCACCAUGGAGUAUCUCGAUUCACCGCACAUACGCAUCUACAUACACGACCCCUCCAAGGAUAUGUUUUACGAGCUCGAGGACCUCAGGGACAUCCGGGAUCGAUCAGUGAUACGCAUAUACGAGCAAGAUGUCAACGACGGGGGUGUCUACAGCACGUACGACCAGGACAUGAGCUACUUUUCGGAGCCAGAAUUCGACUCGGAAUACCAGAAUCAACACAUCCACAGGGCCAAGGGGGGCAAGUCUCAAGGAGCGGGCUACUACGGAGUGCCGGCCUACCCACCACAGGGCCGAACCCAGACGCUUCCGCACGGCGCAACCAUUCGCCCCUUCUCACCCGCCCCGCAGGAGAGGCCCAAGCCGAGCCCAGGCUACUCGCAAACCCUUCCCCGAGGAAUGACCUACUCGUCGGUGGCGCUGAGUCCGGAAAAGAGGCAGCCUGGCCUGCUCGUGACCGCCGCCGGCCCGCCGGGAUCGGCGCCGGCCAAGCCGCAGCGGUUCUACGGACAGCCACCGCCGCCCCUGCAGGUCGCCUCUCCCCUCACCUCCCCGAGGUCCCCUCUGCCGAGGCCAGUGCCCCCGCCGCCGCGCGCCCUGUCUCCGGACAGGGGUGGUGGCCUGCUGGCCGAAGCCGGCUACCCGCCGGUGGUGGGCGCACCUUUCCCGGCGGGCGGUGCGCCACCCGGCCCGUACCCACCGCCCACGUCCCCACGCCGCUAUGACCUGGCCGGCUACCCUGCGGCCGACGACCGGGGCCGGGGUGACCCAGGAUACUCGCCCGAGCGCAGGCUGGACCACACGCGCUCCUUGCCGGCAACCUUCAACUCGGCCUACGAGGAGCCCUUCUACGGCGGGGACGCCGCGGCGGCUUACGGCUCGCGCUCGGGCAGCGCCACACCCAUCAUCGAUGAAGAAGCACGAAUGCGUGUGGAAUACAUGGAACGCCAGCUUGCAAGUCUGACUGGGCUGGUACACAAGGCCCUGGCUGCAGGAAGUUCUCCACGGCAGCCGAGCCACCUGAUCCCUACCAGGGACACGGACGUGGCUCCCGAGAAGGACAGGUCGGAUGACGUUCGGCUGCCAGAAUAUGAUGUGCAGAAGCACCCCUUCAAAGAGGAGAAGUCAGUGUCAUUCUCAGACGAGACCCUGGAUUGCCACAAACAAAGGCAGCACUCGCCACAGCCAGCAGCAGAGAAACCGACGAAGCCUGCGAUCAAGGGCCUGCGAUCACACUCCAUAUCAGAUGACUACUCUGGAGUAACGUCUGCAAUUCCAGACAAAGAUGGUCGGCCUUCAAAGCCAGCUCCGCCACCCAAGCCGGCCUCGCUGAGUUGUGCUCUUGAGUCACGGCAACACUCCUCAUCUCCAGCAAAAGAGAUUCAUUUCAACGCGGAAGCGUGCUCCCAGCUGCAGCUCCUGAGAAAGCAGACCAAGGACCUGCGGUUGGAAGUGCGUAACCUGAGGCGGAUGACGCAGAGUCAAGCUGUCACCGCCAGAGAAAUGAUUCGGGAGACGUGCCUCAAGAUCAAGGUCAUGCUGGCUGCCGUUCAAGUGGGUGAAGACCAGGUUUGUGCAGAACGACUUCGGGUGUCUAGAGAAGAAGACCUCUACAGACAAGAUGUGACACGGCUGGAGAAGGACCUGUCUGACUUGGAGAGUCAAGUGGAGGAGCUCAGGGGCAACGUGAUCAACCGCAGGUGCCGAGUAAACAUGAGCAACGUGGAAAGCAUGGCUCUAGUUCUCAGCAGGGCCAGCAAAACAGUAGCAGACCUGAAAGCGCGGUUUCCAAAUCUACAAGAAAGCUUGAAAUCAGUCAUGGGAGCAGAAAUGGAAGUUGUUGUCAGAGAAGAAAAAUUUCUCAAGGAAGAACCAGAAAGGCUAGAAAAUGCACUUAGGAGGUGCAAGAAGCUCACUGGGACACUAGUGACCUUAAAAAGGUUGGCGUCAGUGCAAGAGCAGAGGCAUACAGGAGCUCACUCGCUCCCCGAGAAGGCAGCAUCAGCGGAUGGGCCAUACUCCGACGGCGAGGCACACACUGCUCGGUCAAGCAGGCAGGCUUGGAAGUGGAGUUCUAAUUUCCGGGAGAAAAUAGACCUGUGGAGAGGGUACUCCACACUGGGAUGGUCGGAUAAGACGUGCGACGCGGCGGGUGAACCGGCCGGCGGCGCAGCAAGCGACAGCAGCAAGGGCAGCCCCGCAGCGCGCUCGGAGAACGCCCUGGACGCGCUGCUGGACGAGCUGCAGACCUUCUCCAAGCCUGCGGACAAGCGCGGUGGCGGCAGGCCGCAUUCGGCAGACUCGCCCGUCAGGGCCUCUUCUUCCGCGUCUGUGGGAAGCAGCAAGCCGCCCUCCGGCGCCACGGUCAUCGUCGUCGACGGUCCGGGAGGUGGCGGCGUCAACAAGAAAACGCCGCCUCCACCUCCGCCGCGCACCACGAGCAAGUCACCGGUGACGUCGCCCACGGGCCCACAGCGGAGCCGCUCGGAGCCGGUGCGCACCAACGCGCUGGCCGCGGAGGACGCGAGCAGCAGCAGCAGCGGCAGCAGCGGUGGCCGGCGAGACCAGCUCUCAUCCAACAGCAGUAGCAGUGAGAGCGUCAACUCGCAAGAAGGGCUACAAGCACGCAGCCGACAGGAGCUGCUCGACUCGCGGCAUCAGGAGCUGCUGCGGAAACAGCGCCAGCUGCAGGAGCAGUACGCCCGGCUGCAGCUCCUCCAGCGCCUAUCGCCGCCCAAGCCGGACCUGAAGAAGACCGGCAGCGAGAGCAACAUCCUGCACAAGGCAUCACUCUCGCUGGGCAGCGCUGGCGGCGCGUCCGGUUCGCUCACCCACCUGGCGGUGCCGUCGUCGGCCCUGCGCACGGGCGCCAAGAUCUACGAGACGGAUAUACUGUAGUGUCCGUACGAUGUGCGCGCAUUGGCUUGGCUUUGUUGAGAUGUGUACGGCCCACCAUCUCGGGGGCUCCCACCACGUGCUAGUCCCGGAGGUCUGACUCCACUGAUGUCCAGCGAAACGCCGCGGCCACAGGCGCCAAAGGUGGUGUGCACAAGGAAGAAUCGCAGCGGUGAGGUGCAAUAUUGAGCGAGGCGAUUGUAUCAAAAUUAGUCUUAUGUAUUGGUCCAGUUGGUACUUUGGACAAAGCAUAGAAUCUGCAUAGCAUUCUCAUUACAUGUGACGAUAUUUAUAGAGCAUCCACGAAAACCUUCUGUCAAAUUUUGCUCGUUGGAAGUGUUUGGAAAAAAAAAAAGCAGGACUGGUGAACAGGCAAGACUCCUUUACGUUUUCGUUAAAGCUUGCUGUGGCUUCGACAAAGUGUUUUCUUUCAAAGGUUUCAAAAGUCGCCGAGGCGUUAAACUCAACAUGAGCUCUUCGGUAUCUUUCGCACUUCCAAAAAAUUGGCCGAGCCAUGAGCUGUGAACUUAAGGAAGGGAAACAUGAGGACAGCGUGCGGCUCCUUUUUGUGGCGUUUAUUUUCUCCUGUGCACUCCCAGCACUUCACUGCGGCGUGGUUGAAGUGCAAUCGACACACUUGGCUCGGCGUCUGGACAGGAAGUCUUGCAUCGCGAAAGGGCACGUGCGACAUGCCAGCCUGUUUGUUCUGGACGGUAGAUGCCUCGCGGUAGGGGUAAACAAGUGCGCGAGGAGGGUUGCGUGGGAAAGCACCUGUUAGGCUCUGACCCGGUGAACACAGGAUGAUGUGCAAUGCGCAAUUUAGGAUUGGGGGUGGGGAGAGGCCGACAUUGGCCACGCGACUGCGGACGUGGCUUUUAUUCGGGAGCGUUCGCCGGGCCUCUUCCGAGACAGCACUCGGCCAAAUAACCACGCGACACGGUCGUUUUUCGCGUGGAAGCAGCCGCGCGGCCGGAACUGUCCGCGACGGGGCGGCCAAGUCCGCAUAUCGUGUGCUUUGUCUGUUUUUUCUCUUUUUUCUAUCUACACGACGGUGGUCUUAGCGUGUAUAUUUCCGUUCCGGCGUGCAAGCGCUGCGUGUGCAAUUGGCAAGGUGAGUGGUUUUAACCGCCUUUUUAUUCUGUGGCGGAAGAGGGAUGAAUUCUGUGGUGGGAAAAUGCCAAGGCUUCCAGGGUGGCGCUAUAUGCAUAUACAGGUGUAGAGGAACCCUCAAUGCUGUUUGACGCUUACACUGUCGGAGUUACGCUGUCCAUUGAGCAGCUUUCAGUGAACGCCGUGCAUGAAUUGUCUGGAGAGAGGAUGCUUGGGUAAAAAAUGAGCGCAAUUUGUCAUGCAUAAUCACUGUUAGUCACCGUAGUGCUCACACUUUUGAAAAAAAAAAAAGGUUCUGUACACUUUUCUAUUCAUAAACUGCCUCUGGCAGGCGGACAUAUUUGUUAUGGUGCCGGGUUGUUUGUUCGCCCAAUGUAUUCUGUAAACAAGAAGUUUCGCAGUGGUCUGCAAUGUCAUAACGUGCAUCGUGUUCACCACCUAUUAUAGAAGACGUUGCAUUGCUUGCAGCAUCCGCACCAUGGACCUUGUCGAAGAGCCUUGAACCUAACUGUUUCUCCCACAUUUUGACGCUGUCAUUGUCUUCUUGAGAAUGUUGUAAUUAUUGCUGGAGACCACUGUGCAGGCAUUGUCGACAUAUGAGGCCGUUAAAUAUCUGGUAUAAGUCAGAUGAUGAAGUACAUGCCUUUGAUGCGUACACCGUGUUAGUAUUUCGUCAUCGAUGUUCUAUCACUUAUACUUUGUGUCGACAUGAAGUGCUAAGGCUCAUGAGUUGUGGGUGAUUUGAUUUAGUGCAUUUUUCCCAUGAUUUAUUAAUUUUGGAACACUGAAGAAUGUGACAUGUGCUACCUUGUCAUGAAAUAUGCAAUUCACAAUAUGAAAGCAGAUGGUUUCCUUGCACAUUCGUUAAUAAGAUGCUUACAAAAACCUUAAUCAUUGAUUUAUGUGGCUGAAAAAGCAAUGUAAAAAAAGAGACUUCAGAGAAAAAUGGUCUCUUCAAAUUUCAAUGACAUUUUUCUUCUAUGUAAACAACUGUGAAACUGUAUUCUACGAAAUUUGCUCCAUAACUUAAUAUUUCACCCACUAUAUAGAAAUGCUCUGCUGUUACUAAUUGGAACCUAAAAUCUUCAAGUGUAUAACCAGCUUCUUCUUGCGAUAUGAGUGCAACUUCGUUGUCUGCUAUGAGCUGCUCAACUCAUUUGCGGAUAUGUAAUUGUUUGUUCUGACCAAAAAUGUUCGCUCGAAGCACAUGCAUUACCACAUGCGAGCAUGCUACGGGGAAAACUUUAUGUUAAAUUUGUAGUCUGAACAAAAAUUUCAUUCACAUAAGUGUGACAGAAAAAAGAAGACAGUCUCGCAGCCCCGAUUCAAUGACUGCAUAAAGCAGCUCCAGUGCUAUGUAUUCUUUCACAAGACCUAGUAACCACAGUCACAUGUAAGGAACGUUUGCAUAAGCAGUGCUUGAGAUCAAUCUCACUUGAACGCCACUCUGCACUGCAGAUAUUGAAGUACAUGUUUGGUGUAUUUCGGCGUAUUAAAAAUACGCAAAAAUUGUUCGUUUGGAAUUAAUAUGUAUGUAAGAGUAAAAAGCUGUACCCUUCGAAAGAACUUUGAAAGCAAUACGGCUAAUAGUGCAGACAACGGCACAGAAGGGAUAAAAUCAUGACUUGCAUUUUGUCUGGUUGUUUGCGUUGUUCAUCGUGUUGAACGAAAAGCAAGAAUUCGAGAUUUGACCUUUUAUGUAGUUUAGAGAAACUAUAGUUAGGUUAGAACAUGGCGAGGGCUUUUAGAAGUGGAACCUGAGCUGUGAUAUAGCAAAAAAAAAAAAUUACCAUUUUCCAAAUGAUGCAGAAUCAUUGUGAUUAUGCUGCAAACAUUAGCACAUUUAAUAAUUCUAAAGCUCAGUGGGCAAAAUUUGAACAUUACGUGUUAGCUCACCAACUACCACCAAAAGUCUUCAACAUAAUACAUUUUUGUUCAUGAGAAACAUGAAAUAUCGGGCGUUAUGAGGGAACCAGUUUCCUGUGACAUAAUUAAUAUUUACGCAUGUUCCUUGCAAUAACUUUGGGUACACAGCAAGCUACAACGUACGACAAAAAACAUGAAAAGUUAGAAACAUUAUUAUCCUUACCACUUCAUUUGUGGUUAUGGUGUGUUCACUCCAUUUCCAUAUGAAGCCACUCGCUGUGUUGUACUACGAUGAGGUACCACUCCCUUCCCAUAUUACUGCUGUACUCUCAUUUGUGUAGCGUUUCCUCGUGGUUUGCCCUCCGUAAUGUCGUGCCUGCGGACGCGGCUGAGUAACUCCCUAAGUGAAAAAGAAAAUAUGUAUUCAGAAAACCCAUCUACACCAUCGUGUUUCCACAAGUACCUGCCUCACACCCCUACCCGUAUACAGUUUGCAUGAAUGUGCAUAGACUCCUUCGAUCUUAGGUCCUCCAGAAGAAAAUAGUUGUUUUGAAAAUUUCCAGCCCACUAUAGCGCGUGUUGUUACAUGUUGAUAAGCUACUGACUUGAUGGUGGCGUCUUCUCAGUGUGGCGCAGCGCCAGAGCCGUCGUCAUGUCAUAAGGCAUGUCACUAGAAAUGUCUAUUGGCUGUCUGCACAGUAUCACGUUUCAUAGAUUUGUAAGGGACAACAAAGUGACAGAUCAAAUAUGUUGGUUGAAGCAGGAUACUCGUAAGCUCGAUCAUAAAUGUGCAUCUAGAAAAGAAACCAUGCUAUUGAGGACUUGAAACAUUAGGUAUAGACUGGCACACUUUCCCAUAAACACCUUCGGGUAUAUAAAUUUUAGUUUCUCGCUUAAUUUGGCCGUCACUGACGACCCCCAAACCACUUGUAUCUCGUUUACAUAAGGAAUCGUUGCCAUUUAUCACAUUUAGCCUGGUACAAAAGUUCCCUGGUAAAAGUGCUCGCUGCCAUGCUGGAUAGAAAGGCGCGUGGCAGGUGCUUUGGGCCGGUAUUUUGCAGCAAUGCAUUACGCUUUAUUCUAUACUAGUCUUAUCCAUCGCUCACGGCCGGCUGAUCCCAUUGAUAACGUGAGCGGACCGUCGCUCUGACCACUGACCAAGCGUGAAAAGCCGUUAGCAUCGGAAAGGCAUCACUAGAAAAUACCGGCCCUGGUCGCUUGCGAGUGUGAUGUUUAUAGCAUACCAGUGCUAGGAAGCUUAGCACCAUCGUAUGGCAUGGGCAGUCUGGCAGCAAAUUAUUUCUCCAACUUUUUCGACUGAGACCACACAUUCACAGCGCGGUAUUCUCCCCAUGAAGUCGCUUUUUGUUUUUAUGUGCAGUCAAAUGUCAAAUCGACAUGUGUACAAUUACGAGUGAUGCUAUCAGCCUAUUUCACCAACAUAGGGUAAAUAUCUACAUGUUUUAUACACUAAUGUAUUUAUUCUGCUUUUCAAUGCAUAAUUUCAUAACUAGACCCAUUUUUUUGUACUGCGGAAGCAGUUCUUUUCAUGGUCACGCACAUGUUUAUUUGCCGAUGACGCAACAGUGAAAAACUUUAUAGUCACGUUAAACACAUCACUGCGAAUCACCGCUCGUGUUUCUUGAUGCGCUGAAAAUAGUUAGGUCACCUGCAGUGGUAUUUGUUUGACUUUAUGAAAGUGUUAGUUUCACCUGUUAAAUUAAGAGAGCCUAUAUAGAUCACUGUCAUGCUUUAACACAGUUUUGCAUCCUUGGCGACUUGUGAAGUAGAGACCUUGUUUUCAUUACGUGGUAUAUAUGAGCAGUAUGCAUUAUUACAAGGCGACGCUGAAGCCUUACCUUGUUGUUCCAUCCGCUGUGUCCUUUUGCCGCCUCUUCAUUUCCAAAGUACCUGUGUAUGGACGUGCGCGAUAGGAUGUGUCAAAAAUUCUCCUCAGUAUAUUUAUUAACCCUCCACCUACUUACGGCAACUAUAUUUAGUCUUUUUGGUCACUACAGGGCUCUGUUCAAUGUUGAAGAUUUCAUACAAAGCAGUAAUGCUCUUUCUUCUGCGUUUCAUGAGCCUGUAUGUUAUCCUUAAGUUAUUCACUUGAGAUAUGCGCGAACUUUAUUCUUGCACUGAAUGUGGCAUGGUCAUGGGGUUCCUUUGUUAACAUACAGAAGACUUUGGUAUCCAGGGUUUCAUGACAAUCUUAAGCAAUAAGUUAAAAAGAACACUUAGUUGACUCGUUGCUGAUGAAAUAUGUCGCUCAAAGCACUUUUGCUUGCAUCCAUCAUUUUGAAGAAAUUGUGCAGAGCGUUUUUCACAUGGUGUCAUGCAUAUUCAGGUUAUUAUGCUGUGCUCGUAUUGUUUCUGAUUUGCAUAGUUCUUGAAAUUAAUGUGGCAUCGAAACUAUGUAAUUGUAAAGAGAAGUAAUGUCGCUGCAGUGUAAGUGUAAGCACAUUAGUUGACAAAAAAGAAAGCAACGUGCAUUUUGAAAAUGAUAUGAAAAUCCUUGUUUAACUGGAUAUGCAAGGUCCUAAUUCUAUUUAUGAGUAUGAUUUCCUUAGCUUCAUUAAUGGUGACGAAUAUUUUAUACGAGUACCACUUAACUAGCUUUGUGUGUGAAACAUCUCUCUUGCUUAGAAGAUGUAGCCACUUUUUGACCAAGGCGUGAUGGCGAUGCAAUAUUAGUAUUCUGUGUGCGUUUACCGUUUAUUUUCCAUAAGCACUCGUAACAGUGCAGAAAACUUUCAAUUAGAAAGGUUAAAAUUUGCAUACUUAUGCGUGUGUGUACAUACAUGUACUGUAGCAGAUUUUUCUCGUGUAUAACUAGCUGGCACGAUUUGCAGACGCCUACUACCGUGGAGGACAGGCCACGCUGAAGCGUUAUUUUUAGACUGAAAUGCAAUGAAAUGGGAUGUCAUUCGUAUGCCUAAACAAGUGGCGUUUCUAUUAUCUUACUCGUCUCAGGUGCUCUUUCACUUGUCAUAGUCGCUACCAUAUUCAGUAUACAGCGUGAACUCGUGUGCUUUCUUUGAUAUUGAUUGAUCACUGAUUGCGGAGUAGAAUUGUAACAUAACUCUGUUGUGAAUUUUGUCAAAAAUAAAAAGUUGUGUCUUGUUCA